AUGUCGUGCAGGACGGUGCCAAAUGUCCAUUUAGAUGACAUCGGUAAUGUUACAUUCAGCAUUACUGCAGAGACCAAGGAUGAUGAAGCUUGUGGAGUCAAAGCACCUGGGAACAUAAAUAUUGACUACAGGGACACCCAGAUCAGAACAGUGUUGGUUGAGCCUGAAGGCAUCAGAAGGGAAAAGACCCAAAACUCCCUGAUCUGUACAAAAGAUGAUGUGGUUAGUCAAGAUGUUGCCCUAGAUCUGUCUACAAAUGUGGUGGAAGGAUCAGCCAGAGCUUCCUUUUCUGUUGUUGGUGACAUCAUGGGCACUGCCAUGCAGAAUGUGCACCAGCUCCUCCAGAUGCCAUUCGGCUGCGGGGAGCAGAACAUGGUCCUUUUUGCACCCAACAUCUACAUCCUGAACUAUCUGAACAAGACAGGGCAGCUGAGUGAGGAGGUCAAAUCCAAGGCCAUUGGAUACCUAGUGAGCGGCUACCAGAAGCAGCUGUCAUACAAACAUCCCGAUGGGUCCUACAGCAUCUUUGGCACCAGAGAUAAAGAAGGGAACACCUGGCUCACUGCCUUUGUGUACAAAUCAUUUGCACAAGCUAGUCACUUCAUCUAUAUUGAUGACGAUGUUCAGGCUCAGACCCUGAUGUGGCUGGCAAGCAAACAGAAGCCAGACGGCUGUUUCCGAAGUGUUGGGACACUCUUCAACAAUGCCUUGAAGGGAGGAGUAGAUGACGAGCUGUCGCUUUCUGCCUACAUCACAAUUGCCAUGCUAGAAGCUGAGCACUCCAGCUCGUACCCUGUAGUCCGAAAUGCCUUUUUUUGUCUGGAGACUGCGUCUGAGAAGAAUAUCAGUGACAUUUACACUCAGGCACUCAUGGCCUAUGCUUUCUGCUUAGCUGGCAAGGCAGAAAAAUGUGAAUCAUUCCUUAGAGAGUUACAGAAAUCAGCAAAGGAAGUUGAUGGAUCACUGCACUGGGAGCAGGAGGGAAGAUCUCCAUCAGAAAAGUCUCCCUCCUUCCUUGACCAUGCCCCAUCAGCUGAAGUAGAAAUCACCAGUUAUGGGCUGUUGGCAUUGCUCUACAAACCCAACCAGAAUCAAGAGGAUCUCACAAAGGCCUCAGGGAUUGUGCAGUGGAUCAUCAGGCAGCAGAAUCCCUAUGGAGGUUUCUCUUCCACCCAGGACACAGUCAUUGCUCUUCAAGCCCUUGCUGCUUAUGGUGAGGCCACCUACAAUUCUGUUACACAAAAUGUAGUCAAGGUUGCUUCCAAAAAGCCUUUUGAGAAGGUAUUUAUCGUCAACAAUGCGAACAGGCUCCUGCUGCAACAGACUCUCCUUUCUGACGUCCCUGGGAAAUACAGCCUAACAGUGAAUGGUAGUGGAUGUGUACUUAUGCAAAUGGUACUAAGAUACAACAUUCGCCUUCUAGAGCGGGCUUUUGGAUUUUCACUCUCAGUACAGGCAUCAAAUGCUUCCUGCCCACUGGAUCAACCAGCAAAAUUUGAUAUUGUCCUCAUAGGCAGUUACACAGGCAAUCGCAGCAGCUCCAACAUGGUAAUUAUUGAUGUGAAGAUGCUCUCUGGCUUUGUUCCUGUUAAGCUUUCCCUGGAUAAGCUCAUUGAUGGUCGUACAGUGAUGCAAGUAGAAAACAAGAAAAACCAUGUUCUUCUUUAUCUGGAAAAUAUCUCACAGAAGAAAAGGAAGGAAAUCACUUUCUCAGUUGAGCAGGAAUUCAUAGUGACCCAUCCCAAGCCAGCUCCUGUGCAGAUCUAUGAUUACUAUGAAACAGAAGAGUAUGCUGUUGUUCAGUACAUGUCACCUUGCAAAGAGGCUGAUGGAGAAAUGGACUAA